AUGCCAAAUAGCACGCGAACCAUUUCCAGCUCUCUUGAGAAAAGUGGUAAAGAACCACCAACAUAUGGGCAACCUAUUGGAGAAGCACACUCUGUGUCGUCCGUUCCAACUAUCUGGCCGUCGUCAUAUUCAGGCAUUUCUUCUUUAAGUGGACAACAAGAAGUAGAAAACUUUAGUUUCCAAGGCAUGAAAAAUGGUGUUGAUUUACUGAGGAAGAAUACAACUGAGGCGACAAGCCUUCAAUUGCCUUCUUUUGCCGGUGGGUCACAAAUGUCAUUCAGUAAAACAACUGUGAUUCAAACCAGUCCCCAGUCUGAAGUAGCCAAUCUCAAGCAUCUGUUGGGCCAUUCUUCUAACAGUCAUCAACCGAUUACGCAAACCAAUGCUAUUGUUUGUAAUGUAGCUGCUAAGCCACGAGUUCGAGCGCGGCGUGGUCAAGCUACGGACCCUCAUAGUAUAGCUGAAAGGCUUAGAAGAGAAAAAAUUGCAGAAAGAAUGAAGAAUCUUCAGGAACUUGUCCCUAACUCUAAUAAGACUGAUAAGGCAUCGAUGCUUGAUGAAAUCAUCGAUUAUGUAAAAUUUCUUCAGCUACAAGUAAAGGUACUAAGCAUGAGUCGGCUCGGCGCAGCUGGUGCGGUUGUACCUCUAAUCACAGAUGCCCAGGCAGAGGAUACCGGAAGCUUGCAUCUAUCACCUAUCAGCCAAGGAGCAGACACAUUGGAGUCCCAAGAUAGUCUUGCCUUCGAGCAAGAGGUUGUGAAACUAAUGGAGUCCAGUGUCACCACUGCCAUGCAAUACCUCCAGAACAAAGGUCUCUGCCUCAUGCCGAUAGCACUCGCCACCGCCAUCUCCAACCCGAAGGGUUCUGCUGCCUCGAACCCCUCGGAUCGACGAAAACAAGAUUUAAGCGAACGAAAUGAUCACCUCGACGAGUUGAAUCGCUGUAGUGGUUUAUCUGCGAAACAGGAGGAGUUCACCCAGUCCAUGAGUAAUGGGAGGUUGCUUCAAUAAGAUGAUUACAAUGCACUAAAUAAGGGAUCCAUACAUGACCCAAUCAUAUAAGAUAAAUUAAAUUAGUUCUCAUCCUUCAUAAACCAACCCUAUCCGAUUACAAAGGUUGAUAGGGUUGGUUAUAGUGAUACAUUUUAAUGGAUGGUUGUAGAUAUUCCCAAUAAUUUAGGGGGAUAGUUUGAUGAAAUUAUGAAGGAUGAGAACUAGUUUAAUUCAUUUCAUGUGAUUGGGGCAUCUGUGGAUCCCAUACUUGGUGCAUUGUAAUCUACUUAUUAUUUAUUAUUUAUGUUAUUAUUGUUAUUAUUUGUUUCGAAUGAAUUUCAGAUUAAAGAUUAUUUAGGGACUUUUAUGUGGUGCCAUUUCCAUGAUUGUGAUAUGGAAAUCAGCCUCUAGUGAUAUUAGAUUGAGUUGUUUGUUUAUGGUGGAGUCUCUCAAUCUUUGAUGUUUUAGGAUUUUUAUGUUACAAAGAUCAAAGUUGUAGGAGUCUUGACUUGGGGUUAAUUGCAAUAGGGCUUUAUGGUGAAACUCUACAAGAGUAAUUAGGAUGGGUUUAUCUUCCAAUAUUGAAGCAAAGGUGGUUUGCUUUAUAUUGACAAAACUCCCACUUUCUACCCUUCAUAGCUACUUUAAAUACAAAAGAUAGCA